GGCGGUGUUGUGAGAGCAGUCUCCCCGCUCGUCCCAUGGCACCAGUUUUUAGGAAAAAAGUCUAGCCGCUCUUGAUGAUGAAACGAUUCUUGUCACGUGUCCCCAGACGCAAAUUGAUUUCCCUCGAUCCCGUGCGGCUGCUCCCGAUUUUCUCUCAUCCCCUUUCUCCCCCGAUGCAAUCUGGGCAAAGGGCGGCCGCCUCCGCUCGCCCUCCACCUACUGCAGCACCCCGGCCAGCGGCCAGCACACCCCGGCCGCCUCCGCUCGCACUCCACCUGCUGCAGCACCCCGGCCGCCUCUGCUCCCAACGGCCAGCGCACCCCAUCUUCGUUGCCGCCGCCGUCGAAAUCCCCUGCUCCGCUGGCCCUCUCUGCCGCCGCCCACAACCAUCAUCUCCACCGCCGCCUAAUCCAUGAGAAUGGACCGCAGUAGGGAGAAGGCACCCGGAGCACCAUUCCUACCUCAGCACUUCAAUUCGACCGAUGGCAGGCAGCUCCUCCACCAGCAGAUCUCUAAGUCAAUGGCAAGUGCUUGGUUGGAAAAUUCGAAUGAUCCCAUCGACGGGAAUAACAAGAAGAUCGAAAAGUAUUGGGAUGACAUUGCCGCUUGCUACAACAGUACCACGCCAAGCAUCUAGGCAGGAGCGCCAAAAGGUCAUAGAGAGCCAGCAGAGGAUGUCCAGCGACAAGGUUGACGCCGCAAGGCUUGCCAAAGAGACAAAGAUGCUUGAUGUUUACGAAAAACUGAAAUUAGCUGACACAAGUUUGCUCGAUGAGGAAUCAAAGGCUGCACGUGUGAGGGCAUUGGCAAGUAUGGAGUUGAUAUUAUUUCCUAAAGGAGACUGAGGUAUAAAAUCAACCUGUACAAUACAAAAUUAUGGUUGUGCUGCUACUGUAAUACUAUCUCGCUAUUAGAAAACUGUUAUGUAAUGCUAUUAUUAUACUGAAGUGAUUUCAGAAAUGCAUGGGU